AAAAAAAAAAAAAAAAAAAAAAACUACAGUCUGAGAAACCCUGAUGUCUGUCAGUGUCUGUAGUCUCUGUACACAAGUACACACCUAAAGUCCUUAUUGACAGUCAGCUGUGUGUCAGUGACGGUGUUUACAUACUAUGGUGUUAAAGGACGUCAGCCUUGAGAGUCCAGUUAAAUAAGAAUUUUUCCUCUAUUUGCUUAAUGAAGGCCAUAUACUCAACACUUCAGUAACUGAUGAUCUCUUCAUGCAACAGUUGAAAGCACUUAACCAGAAGAGCAAGUUUAUUAAAGAACAGAAUUUUAGAGAUGCCCAUUCAUGUCAAGAUGUGCAAGAUAUAGUUGAUAAACUGACUGUUAAGGCAGUCAGUAAGAUUCGAGAGUAUCUCUUGCAAAAAAUUUAUCAGUUCCGCAAGCCUCUUUCAAAUUACCAAAUCCCUCAGAAUGCUAUGAUCAAACACAAGUUCUUCUUUGAAUUUCUCCUCUUGCAUGCAAGAAGUAUAGCAGCUGAAAUUCAUGAUGAAUAUGUGGAAACAAUGAGUAAAGUCUAUUGUUCUUACUUCCAGUCCUACACUAAGCAAUUAUGGAAACUUCAGUAUGAGGAAGGAGUGACUCGUGAUGAUCUGAUGGGUGUCGAAGACUCUCGAGCUAAUAGCUUCUUCACAAAGAGUUUGAAAAGUCGUGGCACUGUGUUCACUUUAGGUACACGUGAUUCCGUCCUGUCACAAGCAGGCCUCACCCAAGAUAUUAUUGUACCACACACAGCUGGGAAAGGAGAAGCUAAAUACCCAUUUGAAGUGCUCUUCAGAAGUCAGCAGUAUGCACUAAUGGACAAUGGCUGCAGAGAAUACAUUUUCCUCACAGAAUUCUUCAUGGUUCGAGAUGCUGAUGCACAAAAACUCUUCAUGACUGUUAUGGGAAAGACUUUGCAACACGUACAGAAGGAAGUAUGUGGUGUAGUCAUGGGAUGUUAUGAUUCAAUUGCUUUGUAUUUGUGUGUUCACUUGAUUCACCAGUACCGACUACUCUGCCAUAAGCGAGCUGUUCCUUCAUUGGACAAUCACUGGGAACAACUACUUCACAUGAUAUGGCCAAGAUUUGAUCAUGUAGUGAAACUGAACAUUCAAAGUAUUCAGGAAUGUGAUCCUUCUAAAAUGCCCUCUUUGGAUAUGCGACCUCAUUAUAUAACUCGUCGAUAUGCAGAGUUCAGCGGAGCUGUGAUGGUGUUGCAUGAAAAGUUUCCAUUGGAAGGUGUUGAUGGACUUAUGCUUCAGCUUCAGGAUGAAGUAGAGAAAGUAAUUCUUAAAAUGGCAGCUGUAUUUCACAAUCGGAAAGAUCAGCUGAUAUUCCUCAUUAAUAAUUAUGACAUGAUGCACUCUGUGUUGUCUGAAAAAACAAGAGAGGACAGUCGUGAAUGUGAACGGUUGAAAGAAUUAUUAGGACAACGAACAGCAGAAUACAUUGAGGAGGUGUUGGCACCACAUUUUGGAGGCAUGUUAACAUUUGUUCGGGAAACUGAUCACCUCAUAGCCAACAACAAUGUUGAAGCCUUAAAGGAUUAUGAAAAAAAAGUUGUCCCCCUUGUCAAGUCCUUUUCAUCAACUUGGAAAAAAUCUGUCGAGCGUCUCAACAAUGAAGUAAUGCAGUGCUUUUCUAACUUCCGUACUGGAACAGUAGUAUUGCAGAGAGCUCUUGAAACCCUAAUUACAGCUCAUCAUACUUUCAAUCGUAUACUGAGCCACCAAACAUUCCAACACUUGAAUAUCAAAGGUGAUAUUGUUAAUUCACAUCAUUUGAUUGUAGAGGCUAAGAAAUAUAAGCCUACUUUCUGAUCUAUAGUAUAUGAUGUUAUACGUUACUCUGAUUUUAUUAUUAUAAUAAAAAUAUUUUAUUCAAA